CGCCACCAACAUUUGCUCACUGAAUAUUUUCUUCGUUAUCCGUUACCACGCAAGACUUCAAGACGGUUGCCUCACGGUUUGAGUGGAAUGAGCAUAGGGACCCUGGUCUUUCUUUUGACAGAUCGGUUUUCAAAGUCGUUAAACUGAGCCCCAACUUGGAGCCCUACCCCGCCAGCGUGGAGGGCCUGAACAGCCCUAGAGCGGUGGGGAUGGCCGCCACCUCGUACAUGACACCCUCCAGCGGUGAUCUUGACAUGGCAUUGGGUGGUGGUUACCACACCUCUUCGCCCCGUUCCGCAGCUGAUGCCGGCGAAAUGAAAUACAUGCAGCACCAUCAUCACCAUCACAGUGCUGCGGCAGCAGCGGCGGCCCACCAUCAGCUGCCCUCGUCGCCCAGUCCCAGCACAAUUGGCACCGGUGGUCCGGGUUCGGCCGGUCCAGGUGUGUCCGCUGGCAGCCUUAGUUCGGUCACUCCCACCGGUGGCCUGAGUUCAAAUCCAUGGACCGCUUUGCACCCCUCAGAUCCCUGGGCCCUACAGUCACAUCACACUCACCAUCAUCCCGCCGAUGUCAAACAGGAAAUGUCACAUUUGUCACAACAACAUCGGGUCCAACAGGGCAUGGCUUCGCCGCAUGCCUGGCAUGCACCGGUCCACGCCGCUUCUCACUAUGCUCCCACGGGAGGUUCACCGCUACAAUACCACCAUGCCAUGAACGGUAUGCUGCAUCCUGCCCAUCCACAUCAUCAAGGUGUUGCCCCACUCCAUCAUGCCUUAAGGGGAGAAUCUCCCUCGUUGCCCAUUCACCCGCACCACAUGCACGGCGACCGUGAUGUUAGCGGCGGCGAAGAAGACACACCCACCUCCGAUGAUCUAGAAGCCUUUGCAAAACAGUUCAAGCAACGCCGCAUCAAGUUGGGUUUCACGCAGGCCGAUGUGGGUCUGGCCCUUGGUACCCUCUACGGCAACGUUUUCUCACAGACCACCAUUUGCCGUUUCGAGGCUUUACAGUUGAGCUUUAAGAAUAUGUGCAAGCUGAAACCCUUGCUGCAGAAAUGGUUGGAGGAGGCCGACUCCACCACUGGUUCACCGACCAGCAUUGACAAAAUUGCCGCCCAGGGUCGCAAACGCAAGAAGCGCACCAGCAUUGAAGUGAGCGUGAAAGGUGCCCUCGAACAACAUUUCCACAAACAGCCAAAACCUUCCGCUCAGGAAAUCACAGCGCUGGCCGAUAGCUUGCAACUGGAAAAGGAGGUGGUGCGAGUGUGGUUCUGCAAUAGGCGGCAGAAGGAGAAACGCAUGACACCGCCAAAUACCAUGGGUGGUGACAUGAUGGACGGUAUGCCGCCGGGUCAUAUGCACGGCCAUGGAGGCUACCAUCCACAUCAUGACAUGCACGGUAGCCCCAUGGGCACCCACAGUCACAGCCAUAGUCCGCCCAUGCUUAGCCCACAGAACAUGCAGACUCCGACGAGCCAUCAGCUUGCGGCUCACUAGCAAUCAGAAAUCCAGGAGUCGAACUCAGCAGCCGCUGCGUCAACUCCUGCAUCGCUGCAUCAGCAGCAACAACAACAGCAUCAACAACACCAGCAGCAGCAACAUCAACAACAACAGCAGCAGCAUGGCGGUCCCAAUACACCUUCCUCAUCGGCCGGCUCCUCGGCCACAAUGACAACGAAUGUGAUGUCCCCACAGAGUCCCUUGGGAUCGACGAAUGCUGGUCAGAAUAAUAACAACAACAAUAACAAUGAUAACGAUCAUUUGUCGCAAGUCAAGCAGCAGCAACAACAACAGCAGCAGCAACAUCAGCAACAAGCCUCCUCAAUUGCGGCCGCUGCAGCCGCAGCCAUGUAUAUGGAUCCAAUGCGUUAUCACAGUGCCACUGCUGCCCACCAUCAUCAUCACCAACAUCCGCAUCUGAAUCCCGCCCAUCAUCCACAUCUGUUCCAUACCAGUGAUCAGGCCGCCCUGCAACACUCCUCGGCCGCCGCUCAUCAUCAGCAUUUGCAACAGCCGCAGGCCUCGCCGGGUGGAGGCAGCAGUAGCGGUGGUGUGUUACAAGCCUCCUCGUCGGCCGCCUCCCCCUCAUCGGUGUCGUCGGCGUUGGGUGUUAGUGGUGCAGCUGGCAUGCAUCAUUUGAAUUUGAAUCCCCAUUCGCUGCAUCAUCAUCAGCACCAGCAACAACAUCAUCACCACCACCAACAACAACAGCAGCAAUUGCACGCCCGGCGCCUUUUCGAAUGGAGUUUGCAAUUUGGUGCAGCGGCGGCUCCAGGAGCGGCAGCGGUAAGACAUUUCAAUUCAUUCGGUGGUUCCGGGGAAUAGCAUCAUACAACAGCUGCUGCGGCGGCAGCAGCUUCAGCGGCAUGGUUUGGCUAUGAAUCGUCCUAGAGUGUG